CGGCUGGUAAAGCGCGGGUCACGGUCAGAUAUGAUGCUCAGAGGUAAGCUGUGGUCAUGCACGACUCGGUCAAACACGAUGUCGACGACCUCACGUGCACUGAUGGCAUAGCGACACGGAACGAAGCGUGCACACUUCGUGAAGCGGUCGACGACGACCAGGAUAGCAUCAUGACCACGGGGGGUCGGAGGACGAAGAGGACCGAUAAAGUCCAUCGAGAUGGACUGCCAACCGCCUUCAGGGAUGGGAAGAGGCUGGAGCAAACAAUAAGGGGAAAGAAAAAGGUUGAAAGUGAGGAAGAUGACGACGAUGAUGAUGACAACGAAAAUCAUGGUACCUGGUUUGAACCUGGAGGACAACCAAGUCUUGUACAUCUUCUCACGGGCAUUGUCGGAACCAUUCGGGGACAUCUCGUAGUCGAGGCGAAAUCCGGUAAGUACAAUUACAGGCAGUUUCGUGACCUCGCGCUCCAAAGGGAGAAGAUGACCGCACAGAUAAAGGGUACCUAUGCAGCCGUUGUACGUAAUGGUCCAUUAGGAGGGUAUGGGAAACGUGUCCUGUGGCGACAAAAGCGAGAGGACCAUAUGCUUGUUGUCUUCGAUGACGACAGGGUGGAGAAGUUACCCCUUGAAGAGGCGGAGGGUGCAGUUAAUGGUGGUAGUGAGUUGGGAUCAGAUAGAUUGGGAUGGGAACUUACCUAAGAUUGCCAGUGCAUAAAAAAAUAGUAUACAUACAACAGUAUGUAUACAAUUUUUUUAUGCACUGGCAAUCUUAGGUAAGUUCCCAUCCCAAUCUAUCUGAUCGGGUCGUACAUACAUGCGCAAAAGUUAAUGCCACAAAUGAUUCACCUGUUCAGUUUGGCCAUUCAUUUCAGGAUGUCUACCUGACGACAUGGUCAACCCAGUGUCGUAGGCGUCCAUCAACUUUUGCCAUUGUGAAACGGUGAACCGUACAUCCCUAUCAGAGACGAUGGUUUUUGGAAAUCCGUAUGCCAAAACCCAUCGCAUCUGGAUCUUUUGGAUUACAACAUGAAGAACACACCAAACACAAUGCAUAAAGGUUGGAAGCCACGACGUCUCAUUGAUGCUCUUACCCCCAGGUACUCGAGAAUUCACAGUUUUAUAUGAAGAAGACAUGAAAAAAGUUGGGGCGAUAUGAACAAACAAAAGCCCAACUA